AUUAAAGCGCCGUACACGACCAUGAAUGUCUUUUAGCUUGUUUGAUGACUAGUGUGAUUAAAGUUUAUCCUCUUAGAGACUAAAACAAGGAGGUUUCAUCAUGCUGUGUGUUUCCAAUGCUGCUGUGUGGAGAUCCUUUCAGAACUGUGUACACUCCAAACCCAGUAGAUGUUCACUUAAACGGCUGCUGGGAAACCUAGUCCACAGAGCCUGGACGUCCUCUGGUCCCAGAACGAGCAGAUCACAAGAAAAAGUCACCCCUGUUUUCACCAAAGCCUUGGAUUAUAAGGACAAAGUGGCCAUUAUAGAUGAGAGCAAGAAGCACAGCUAUAGCUGCCUUUACCGCAGCAGUAGAGGCUUAGCGGCACAAAUACACCAAGCAUUAGCUUGCCACUCAGGAGAUCUACAGGGCAAGCGAAUUUCCUUUUUGUGCACCAACGACGCAUCCUACACGGUGGCUCAGUGGGCCACGUGGAUGUGUGGUGGAACGGCCGUGCCGCUCUGCAGAAAGCACCCGGUGUCUGAGCUCGAGUAUGUCAUCUCAGACUCUCAGAGCUCACUGCUGCUGGCUGGUGAGCCUUACGCUGUCACACUGGAGACUCUAGCUCAGAAACUAGGUCUGCCAUGUUUGCAUCUUCCUCCCAGUGCCAGUCUGGAUGCGCUGCACACAGCAGAGACACAUUGCCAAACGCAUGAGACGAUCUCUGAUUGGGCGGAGAGGCCAGCCAUGAUUAUUUACACCAGUGGGACGACGGGAAGACCAAAAGGUGUCCUUCACACACACAGCAGCCUACAGGCGAUGGUCCAGGCCUUAGUGAGUGAAUGGGCUUGGAGCAGAGAUGAUGUGAUCCUUCACACUCUGCCCCUCCAUCAUGUGCAUGGCAUUGUGAAUAAACUCAUGUGCCCCCUGUGGGUGGGGGCCACCUGCAUCAUGCUGCCUGACUUCAACCCUCAGAAGGUAUGGGAGGAAUUGCUAAGUUCCCGAUCUCCAGUGGUGACUGUGUUCAUGGCUGUUCCCACCAUUUACUCUAAACUCAUCCAACACUACGACCAACACCUCACACAGCCACACGUACAGGACUUUAUCAGAGCUGUGUGUAAAGAGCGGAUACGGUUGAUGGUGUCUGGUUCUGCUGCGCUCCCACAGACUGUCCUGCAGCGCUGGAAGGAGAUCACGGGUCACGUCCUGCUGGAGCGCUACGGCAUGACUGAGAUCGGCAUGGCGCUGUCCAACCCUCUGAACGGACCACGAAUCCCUGGUGCAGUUGGAGCUCCACUCCCGGGGGUUGAAGUGCGAAUCGUCAUGACAAACACAAGCAACACCACCAUCGCCGAGGGCAACAGCAAGCACACACGGGUAAAGCCUGGGUUGGAGGGGCGUGAGGGGGAGCUGCAGGUUCGAGGCUCCUCUGUGUUUCAGGAAUAUUGGAAAAAACCACAGGAGACGAAGGAGAGUUUUACAGAAGACGGCUGGUUCAAAACCGGAGACACUGCGGUCUACAAAGACGGAGUAUUCUGGAUCAUGGGACGAACUUCUGUAGACAUCAUAAAGAGCGGCGGCUACAAGAUCAGCGCACUGGAUGUAGAGCGCCACCUGCUGGCCCACCCUGACAUCACAGAUGUGGCUGUAAUCGGGGCGCCAGACUCCAUCUGGGGGCAGAAGGUUGUUGCGGUUGUGCAGAUGAAGAAUGGGAAAACAAUCAGCCUUCCUGAGCUGAAGACCUGGGCCAGAGAAAACAUGGCUCCAUACACCAUCCCGACCGGGCUGAUUGUGGUGGAGGACAUGCCUAGGAACCAGAUGGGGAAAGUGAAUAAGAAAGACCUGCUGCACCAGUUCUUCCCCCACUGACCGUUUUUUCAGCUCUUCACUCCUCUUCUCUUCACUCUACCUGCUGACCUGGCUUCAGUGCUGAGGUGUGUGUUAAAGCAUGGAUCACUAGCAGACAUUGUGACACCCCAGGUUUCCCCUAAUCGCUGAAGAUCACAGGGAACUCGUAACUCACACGCUCCCGUCACCUGGACGUCUACUUAAUUCUGUGUCUCACUGCUUUUUUGCCUGACAGUAAAGCAGCAAUCUUGGCUCUCAGCUCCUGUAAGGACGGUUUACAGUGAAGGGUUUAAAGUUUUUUUUGUUUUUGUUUUUUUUUACAAAGAUCUUUCAUUUCUCUCAGUUUGUUUUAGUAAUUAUUAAAGAAAAGAGUCAUAAUUUCUUUUGAAUUUUUAAUAGUGCAUCUUUUAAACAUUAAAUGAAUUGUAUAAUAUUGUUUGUUGCCUAGCAGCAUUAGCCAGCCAGGUGAGUAGAUCAUAAGGCAACUCAUUAAGAUGUGUGAGAGAAAGAGAAAGAGAGAGAGAAAGAGAGAGAGAGAGAGAGAGAGAGAAGAUACUGUUGCAGCUGUGACUCUUGAAAAAAAAAGGUUUCAUUAUUAGCUCUUUAAUUGUUAUUGUGAUAUUGUCUCUACUAGUACUAAUGUAUUGUGGCAGUAACACGUACCAGCUGUCAUGUGUUAUGUCAAAGUCUCAUAUUGGUUAUAAAGUGGACCAGUGACAUAACAUAUGAUGCCAUGUUAGGCUUCAUGCACUAAGCCAAGACAGAAUGCUUUGCUAUAAGGGAAGUCGUAUUCUCAACUCUGGGAAUCUGUGUGAGAAAAUGACAGAAGCAGGUGAUGAUAAAUAUAUAUGAUUUUAUAUACACAGCAAGCAUGCAAAACAUUGCAUGCAUUGCACACUAAUGUUUAAAUUCAGUUAGAAAUACAAAUUAAGAAAGGAUGAAAAUUAUAGAUUUUUAAA